AUGCCUCCUAAGGGUCAAAACUCUAACUCUGAGUCAGAAUCAAGGACCAGGAGUACAACUGGUUAUCAUGCUACUUCGAUGGGCUCUUCCGGAGCUGCCAAUACUCGUUCCAGCGGCAAGCAGAGAUUGACUGUUGCCCAACAACAAUAUUUAAAGGAUCUCGUUAGAUUACAUGUGCAUAACAACCAUGAAGAAAAUUUUGCCCCGGUCCAUCCUUUAGAGUUUGAGGAAGAUUCAGAUGACUUUUUACGUCGGUAUAAGGAUCGUCAUCAAUUGCCAGUUAAAGAUAAUAUGACUCUCCAAGGAUUCUUGUUGGGAUCAGAAUUAGGCAUGCGUACGUAUUCAUACAAAAAGAAUAAUUCAUCACUGCCUGAUGGUAGGGUCACAAAGAAGGAGUUGGCAGAAGAAGUUAAAAAGCAUUUCAUUUCUACUGUUGUUAAGGAAGCGGAGUGUGUGCCGGCAUUUAUUUAUAAGGUGAAGAAUUCGAAAAAACAAUUUCGGAUGGAAUUUAGGGGCUAA